CUUUAUUUUUGUAGAGUUUAUUAACCUUUCUGUCAAGUAGGUUUUAUUGUGCAUUUGUUGAAGUUUAUUGCUGUCUAAGCAAAUUAAUUAAAAGUGUGAUUAAAUAAAUGAAUAACUAAUACUGUUAACAUGUAAAUAGACGCUUUUAUAAAAAUUAUAUUUUAUACUUGUGUUUCUCAUUAAAUACAUACUCAAUACAUUUAAAUUACAAAUACAAACCAAAAAUAAAAAUGAAGAAAAAGGUCCUUUUAAUGGGUAAAAGUGGUUCCGGUAAAACAAGUAUGAGAUCUAUAAUUUUUGCCAAUUAUAUAGCCAGAGAUACCCGAAGGUUAGGAGCAACAAUUGAUGUGGAGCAUUCACAUGUUCGAUUUCUUGGAAACUUAGUGUUAAAUUUGUGGGAUUGUGGUGGACAAGAAGCAUUUAUGGAAAACUAUUUUGCUUCUCAACGUGACAACAUAUUUAGGAAUGUGGAAGUACUAAUUUAUGUAUUUGAUGUAGAAAGCAGAGAACUUGAAAAAGACAUGCACUACUACCAAUCAUGUUUAGAAGCUAUAAUGCAGAAUUCUCCUGAAGCAAAGAUAUUUUGCUUAAUUCACAAGAUGGAUUUAGUUGCUGAUGACCAGAGAGAUCUUAUAUUCAAAGAGAGAGAAUCAGAUUUAAAAAGAUUGUCAAAACCUCUUGAGUGUACCUGUUUUAGAACAUCAAUAUGGGAUGAAACUCUUUAUAGAGCUUGGUCAAACAUUGUAUAUAUGCUUAUUCCUAAUGUUAAGGCCCUAGAAAAUAGUUUACAACAAUUUGCCAAUAUUGUGGAUGCUGAUGAAGUUCUAUUAUUUGAAAGAGCUACUUUUUUAGUAAUUUCUUAUUGCCAAAGGAAAGAGCACAGAGAUGCUCACAGAUUUGAGAAAGUUUCCAAUAUUAUAAAACAAUUUAAAUUGUCCUGUUCAAAACUUGCUGCUCAGUUCCAAAGUAUGGAAGUUAGAAAUUCUGUUUUUGCUUCUUACAUUGAUAUGUUUACUAGUAACACAUACGUAAUGGUUUGCAUGUCUGACCCUCAAAUCCCUUCCGAAGUUACACUUAUAAAUAUUAGAAAUGCCAGAAAACAUUUUGAAAAGUUAGAAAAAGUAUCCAGUUCUGCUGGCUCUCUUACACAUCGUUAAUUUUAUCCUAAACUGAAUUAUAAGAUUUUUUUUAUGUAUUGUAAUUUAACUAAAUACAUCAAAGACGCAUGUACUUUCA